AUGCCCAAUAACGAGCAGGGCGUCGAUACGACGGCGCCCACUGCGGGCACGUCGAGCGCAACAAGCGCACCAGCUGAACCAAUGAGCGCGCAAGAGAUGAUGCGAAUGAUGACUCAAGCGAUGGUUUCCUCAAUGCAGGAGGUCGUCAAGGAGGCGAUGCGCAAGGGAACCGCUGAGAUCGCUGUAUCAAGCCAUGCGGCCUCCACCACCACGGCAAGCCCCACCACCAGCACUGAACUGUGGAGACAUGGCAUGCAGGUGACACCCUUCGAUGGGACGCUGUUGGAUCUGGAACGUUUUGUCACGGACAUCCGACGCAAGCUUGAGUCAGUGACGGCACCCGAGAAGGACAAGGUCGACUUUGUGCUUGGUCAUCUGGGUGUCGCAGCGAGGCGUUACUGUAGCCAUGUCAAGUUCGAGACUGCGGAAGCUCUGCUGGAGUACAUUAUGAAUGUGUAUGGCGUCAAGAACAGCAAGAAUAACGCACUCAGGGAAAUCAUCCAAGCGGUGGCGGAUCCAAAGAUUUCUGCGAGGCACUUCAAGAAGGUCAUGCUGUUGAAUGUGCCCAAAGCGGAACUUACGGAUGAUUUGGUGAGGCGCUUCAUUGUGCUGCAAGCGGAAGACAAAGGCGUGCGCGAUGUGGCGAAGGAGCUGUGCAAGGACACCACCGAGAUGACGUGGAUUGAUGCAUUGAACGAGUUGGUCGAAAGCAUGCCGAGCAAGGUACGAGCGGAGACCAGCACCAGUAGUCAAGCUCCCAGGCACGUCCAAAAGCCGAAUCGAGACAAGAACGGUCAUCACGCAGGCAAGAGCAAGGACAAGGACGUCAAGAGCUGCAAGCACUGUGGCAGGACGAACCACAAGUCGGAGGCAUGCUAUUCCAAAGGCGGCACUGCGGCUGCGGCUGCGGGCAGUUCCGAGGAGGAGUCUGAUGACUCGGACGAUGCUCCUGCUCCCAAGAAGGCUCCCAAGAAGGCUCCCAAGAAUGGCCAGGACGGCCAGGGAAAAGCCUGA